AUGGCUCAAUCUAAGCAUAUAGACAAAGUUCUUGAUAGGCAUCGUGAUGAAACUAUUACAAAUAACCGUUUAAGGUUGAAGACAUCUAUUAAUACUAUUCGAUGGCUUGCAUUUCAAGUAUGUGCAUUUAGAGGUGAUGAUGAAAGUCCUGGAUCUUUGAAUAGGGGGAAUUUUAUUGAGUUAAUUAAGCUUUUAGCUUCCUGUAAUCAGAAUGUUAAUAAUGUUGUCCUUGAAAAUGCUUCUGAAAAUGCUCAAUAUAUAUCUCCCGUUGUUCAAAACCCUUUUGCUUAUUACAUUCAUUGUCUUGCUCAUCGAUUACAAUUAGCACUUGUUUCUGCAGCCAAAGAAGUUUGUUAUGUUCAUCAAUUCUUUUCAAAAUUUACACUAAUUGUGAAUGUUGUGACUAUUUCUCCUAAACGUCAUGAUCAGUUAAGGGUUGCUCAAGCAAAUAAUGUUGCAAACUUAAUUGCCAAUGAUCAAAUUGUGACAGGUAGUGGACUUAAUCAAAUUGGUACUUUGCAAAGAGCUAGGGAUACUAGAUGGGGGUCUCAUUUGAAUUCUGUACGUAACUUGUUAUGCAUGUUUGAUGCUACUUGUGAAGUUCUUGAAAAAAGCACCGAAGAAGACAAUUUCUCCACACGUGGUGAUGCUAGUGCUGCUUAUGAUGCUAUCACAUCCUUUGAAUUUGUCUUUGUUUUGCAUUUGAUGAGAAAUAUUUUGGAAGUUAGUCAUGAUCUUUGUCAAGCUUUGCAACGAAAAAAUCAAGAUAUAUUGAAUGCUUUAACUCUGGUUUCUACUACGAAAACUUUAAUCCAAAGAAUGAGAGAAUCAAGUUGGGAGGCUUUCAUAAAAGAAGUUAUAUUAUUUUGUGAGAAACAUGAAGUUGAAGUUCCUGAUAUGAAUGCAUUGCAUAUUCCUAGAAGAGGCCGAACUCGCAAAAUUGUUGAUCAAAUUUCAGUGGAGCAUCAUUACCGAGUUAAUUUAUUUCUUGCUGUAAUUGAUACACAAUUGCAAGAGCUUAAUGGAAGAUUCAAUGAUAAUAUGGUGGAAUUGCUUACUUUAAGUUCAACUUUAGAUCCCAGAGAUAAUUAUAAGUUCUUCAGUGUCAACAAAGUAUGUGAAUUAGUAGAACGAUUUUAUCCAUGUCACUUCAGUGACCAAGAGAAAUUUCACAUUAGAAUGCAAGCUCAACAUUAUGAACUUGAUGUUCCUAAUCAUGUUGAAUUAACUAACUUGUGCACAAUUUCGGAGUUAUGUCAAGGAUUAACGAAGACAGGAAAGUCUUUAACAUAUCCUUUGAUUGAUCAUUUGAUUCGCUUGACUCAGAAACAAAAUGGAAGAUGA